AUGAGCAACAAGAGCGCGAUGGCCUCGAAGAAGAACAAGAUCAAUAAAAACCUCAAACGUGUGAGGAAGCUGUCUGAGAUGACAGAAAAGCUGAGCAAAUAUUUGCUUAAUGGUGUUGGCAUAGUUAGUGGGACAGUGAUGGCUCCUUUAGUUAAAUCCCAACCAGGAAAGGCACUUUUAAGGAUGUUACCUGGUGAGGUGCUGUUGGCUUCAUUUGAUGUUGUCAACAAAGUUCUAGAUGCAGCUGAAGCUGCUGAAAAACAAACUCUUUCUGCUACCUCAAAAGCUGCAUCCAGAAUGGUCUCUAACAGGUAUGGGGAAAAUGUUGGGGAAGCUACUGAGCAUGUGUUUGUAACUGCUGGACAUGCUGCUAACAUUGCUUGGAAUGUCUUUAAAAUUCGAAAAGCCAUCAAUCCAGCUUCAUCAGCAACAAAGGGUGCACUGAAAAAUGUUGUCAAGAAUACAAGUUUUAAGCAUUAA